CGGAGCGCCUAUAAAAUGGAUAUUGUUCUGCCGAUCUGGAUCACACACACUAGUCCAACUUCACCGAGACGGACGUACAACAUCGCAUCUGCACAACUUCAGUUCGCUGACACGACGAGUCCCGCAAACAUGCAGGUUUGGAUCUCAUUGUUGGUUGUCGCGUGCGUAAGCCUGGCCAUGGUCAGUGCUGAAGCCGAGAAGACAGGCGCGGAGAAGCCGGUAGAGAAGAAGCAGGGCAAACGAGGCCUCUGGGGUCUGGGAUACGGGUACGGUGGCCACAGCGAAUGGGACGGUCUGUCCAACUACGGUUUGCUGGGAUCCGACCACAGCUACGGGCACGUCAGCUCGUCGGUGCACGUCACCAAGGAGGUGCCGGUCAUAGUGGAGAAACCGAUCAUCGUCCCUGUUGAGAAACACGUGCCAUACCCAGUGGCUGUGGAGAAGCACGUGCCGUACCCCGUGCACGUCGAGAAACACGUGCCGGUGCACAUCGACCGACCGGUGCCCUAUCCGGUCAAAGUGCCGGUGAAAAUCCCCUACGCGCAACCGGUCCCUUAUCCGGUGUACGUCCAGAAGCACGUGCCGGUCUACGUCAAGGAGCACCACGGCCACGGUUACGGUAGCUUCGACUUCGGUCACGACCACGGAUUCGGCUACAGUAGCAGCUACGCCAUCCAUCAUUAAUCCCAACGAUUUUUGACGGUAUAUAUUUAUACACACAUACGUAUAUAUAAACUCGUGCAACAUUGUAUACGGUAUACCAAACCGUUUGUAAUUACACUUUUAUACCGCUUUUCGUAUGUACAGGUACACAUUACAUAAAUAUUUUAAAUAUUCUGUUUGGCCCGAAAAAGUUGUAUUGUUAAAUAAAAAUGUUGGCCAAAAAAAA